UUUCGACAGUCAGUUCGCGCGUGUGAUCUGUCAAAUCGAAAGUAUAAAAUUUGUGUGGAUUUCGCAACUGGAUUAUUUUGUGGUCGCUAUUUUGUUCGAUAUUUCGCAAAAAUAAUACCGUUUUCAUUCGGAAAGUAAAGUGCGAUUAGUGCAGCAAACGUUGGACAACCCAUCAGUUGUGUAGUGGACUUAUGUGAGCGCAUUCCUGGAAAUGAUAGCAAAGUAAGAGGACCAAUUCCAAACGCAAUGGAAGAUAACCUGAUGGGUGCGGAUCGGAAGGCGGGCGGAGAUUACUAUCAUGACUUUGUGGUCGAGAGGAAAUCCAAGCGAGAAUAUGUUGGUGAUAAGGACAGUGGCGGAGGACGAGGAGGCGGAAAGCGAUAUCAAAGCUCUCGCACCAUUACGAAGCGUAAAGAUAACCAGAAACAAUACGGUGAUGCUCUGGCGAUGGGAUUUAAUUCGCAGGAACUGAACAAACAGCUACAAGCGAACCUGCCGGAGGAUAUGCGCAUAUCCAAGUUACUGCGGCGCCUAUGCCAGGAAACGGACGUCAAGACUUGUCUGGAUUUGUGCUCCAAGUUGGGUGUCGUAGUCUUAGAACCGUGCAAUACCUCCUAUGUGCGGAAAUCAUUCGACAUUCUGGCAGACGGAAUAAUGUCGGUGCUGGAAAAUGGACCCCGGGACUGUGUGGAAGCUGUGGCGGAUGUGUUCGGGAUGAUGGGAUACGUGUCCCGGAACGAUUUCAAUGUUUACCGAGCUUGGAUCGCGAAGUAUUACAAAUAUUCCAAGAAGUUAAGACGCGCAAUGCUUAGAGCUUUGAAGAAAACCGUUGCCCUUGAUACUGCUGACGAUCUGAAAGACAUGGCCGGAAUGUUGUUGGAUUUGCUGAAAGACUACUUGGAAGCUGCCGAUACGGUUGAGGCAUUUGUGGCCAUCAUCGAAAUUGUCGGAGAGCUUAGCAAUAGGUACCACAAUCAUUUCAAGCCUCACUUUAAUGACGUGGUGGAUAUAGUCGUUGGAUGGCAUUUGGAAACGGAUCAAUCGGCGGAAGUGAAGAGGCAUUGCACUAAGGUUCUACUGUCGUUCAAACACUUCUGGUACGAAGAUAUGAAAUUCACACUCAACUUGCUGAGUCAGUUCAUCGAAGAUAUUGGCGUGUGCUGUGAGGAUCUAGAAACAUCCGAUCCCGUGAAAGAAAAGACUCAAUUCAUAUCAUCGGCGAUUGCGUUCAGUUCAUUACUGGAUGCGUUCAACACCGUUAUAAAGUGUUUGUUUGCUACGCCGGAAUCAUUGCUACAAUCUGUUGGAAAAGAUAUCCUGGACAGCAGCUUCGAACUGGUGGUGAAGGGCAGUGCGCUAGUGGCCAAUGGAAGGUGCUUAGAGGAGGUGCUAUUGCCAAUUAACGAAAGCUUGAUAAUUUUACUGAUGGUGGAACCGUGCGCAAUUACGGUAGGAGUUGAGGAAGUAUUCUUGGUGAUACAAGCAGAAAUACGAAACGUAGAGCAUAUGAAUAAAUGUCAGAUUUCAAGUCUUCUAUUGCUACUAUUCAAGUACGUUGAAUAUAAUGCUGGAAACUUGUCGACUGAGUUCUUAAACUUGCUUUGGGAUCCCAACUCAACUUUCGUCAAGCUUCGUUACCAUCAAGCGCGUGAGGUUCAAGAAGGCUUGCUGAAGCUGUAUCACCGAAUCCUAGCCAUCAAAAACGUGGACAUACUCCAAAGAGCGUACAAGUUUAUUUUAGAUGACCUAGAUCAAGCAAUGCUCUCGAUGCAAAACUCUUCAUGCAGCGCAGCAGAUCGUUCUCGGACACAAUUCGAUAUAAAUUUUAAUCUUCUGACGAUUUCUACGCUAGCAAUAGCUAACAGUUCAAUUCUAGUAAUGUGGACACUUCAACCGAGCAUUCUGGUGGUUUUACUUGAAAAGCUGCGUCUGCUUGAUAUCGACCUCUGGAGCAACCACCAAUCACUGCAUUACGCCAUCUUGAGAGUCGCCUAUCAGCAUUGUCUGAAAAAUAACAACUUCAUAUCAUCGAGUGCUCUAUUGCGGGCAAAGAAUUAUUCCUUGGUCGAUUCGUUCAACCACCUCGCUUUGGAAACAUCUCCAGCAUCUUCGACCAGCCCAACGGCCGAACAUUUUCGCAUAAUAAUCGAGUUCCUGGAGAAGGCCCUUCCCAAACACAAAGACAUACAUCACCUAGAGAUGCUUUUGGACUGGUGCCAUGCGGUGAUUCUACAGUCAUCGCAGUAUUCCGAUGUCCUGCUCGGGAAUCGAAGCUUCGCGGCCAUCCUGCAGAGCAUUUGCAACAUCAGCAUGCGUACGAACAAGAAUCUUACGCUCAAAUGUGCCGAAUGUCUUGACCUGGCCAGUUCUUACAAACAGUUGGCCGCUGCGACCUUCCAAAGCAUCGCUGAAGUAUGCUGCGUCCAUUUGUGUGCGGUGAAUGCCGAGAUUCGCCAGAGAUUUUCGUUCAUUCUUGGAAAGCUGCCGUUGCGGUUCUCUUUGAAACAGGUGAGCCAAUUCACCGGCAAUAACCAAAGACGCAGUCAGCACAUUUACGAGCUUCAGAGUUGGUACGUCAGCACAGAAAACACGGGAGAUUUACGGUCCCAGUAUUUCCGGAACUUCAUCGAAAAGAUAGGAUUCCAUCGGGAUACCGAAGCUAUUGAUGAAUUCCUCAUGGAAGCAUUCACCAAGUCGUGGUUCGUGAGCAAGGAUAAAAACUACGCCUAUGGAAACAUGGCGCUGAACGACUUACGGUGCUUGGUUCCGUGGGUUCAAUGGGAGGCUGCCCAUUUCUGCGUCAACAAUAAGCUGCGAACGCCCCUAGGGAAGCCUCAGGAAACCUUCCUGAAGAUUGAAUCGAUUAUCAAAGAAGACGCCCGAGUUCUUUCACUGAAAGAGCGCACUCCUGUUAGGGAUAUCAACGUUUCUAUGGAAAAUCAAAGACACGCGAGGAUUCUACUUGGUUUCUUGGAGGCCCUGGAAAAAGCCAUCUAUAAUGCAGCUGAAGGAACAGCUUUUGCACUUCCCAAUCCGGAAAAGCCCGCCAGAACAUUCUUCCGUGUUAAUGCACCCACCUGUGCCGAAUGGUUCAAUCGAAUUCGCACGGCAGUUGAUCUGGUGGCCUUGCACUGUAUGGAACCGGAAAUGGUGAUCCGUUAUUCGGAGGCAGUGCUGAAAGAGCUGCUGCAGGCCAAUAAGGUGAACGAUCUCAUAUUUGAGCAUACCUUGAUGUCGCUCGUUUGGGCACUGUUGCGAAGCUGGGAAAGUGAUGCCCUGUAUGGCGUGUACGUAUGGGCGAAGAAAGUGACCGGACGAAAAUAUCAGUGGAUUAAGAUGGCAGCUGAGGAAGCCGCAGGUCAUCGCGAAACAGCAACCGAAGGAUUUCUGAAUAUCCUAGCGGAUCCCGAAUCUGCCAAUAUGGAUCGACACAUUCGGGACUUCAUUGCUGAUCAGAUUACAUUGACGUUGAUCUUUACGGAUCGACUUCCGGAGUUGUAUGAUUUUCUGGUAGCCGAGGAGACAAGUGAAACGCCGAGGGUGACUAUUCCGCUGUUCACAUUCACAUCGAAACAGGUCAAAGACUGGAUGGCGUACGAAAAGACCAAGGAUAAAAAUGUAAUUGACAUGUCCCACUGGGAAAUGGUGGAAUUGGGCACGGAUGUGCCAAAUAAUUUCUCGUGCUAUAAAAUUCUGUGCGACACCGAGAAUACCAUUGCCCUGACAUUUUUGAAGCAGUUUGCCACCAGCAAAGAUGAGACGCUGCGCAUCUGCAAUGAAGUGAUUCACAGUGCCCUACAGGAAUGCCUUCUCACAAAGUCCAGAGAACAUCUGUUUCAGCUGAUUAUUACUAAUCACGUGGCGCAUAUUGCCACAUUGAACGAGUACACUCCAGAUAACUCCAAAUCGAUUCGAGUCGAGAAACAUUACGGAUCGUUGGCCAUGAUGCGAGUGUUACAUUGGUCUGAAUUUUUUGAUGAUAGCAAAAAUUGCGAACAGUACAAUAUGGAAAUGAGACUGGAUUUGGCAUCGGUGGCGAGAAAAGAGAACAAUUUCAAGCUGUGUCAGCAUGAGUUAAACAAAUUCUACAAGAGUUCCAAGCUAGCAAGGGAAUUGAAUUUGGAAAACCAGUUGAAUGUGGAAACAGCUCAGCAACAUUUAUUAGGUGCGGAGUUAGGUUGCAAGAUCUGGGACGCAAGCUUAUCUAGAGCUGUAUAUGAGCAAUGUAAGUGGCUCUAUUGCCAACCAGGCAGAAGACAAGAAGCCAUUCAGUUUGCUUCGCAAGCAGCAAGAAAGAUUUCGGAACAGUUGAGUAAUUCGGAAGAGAAUGCUUCAGAUGAGCUCCGUGAAAGAAAAUCACGGUUUCUACUUACCUUGGCUGAUUGGGUGCAGAACGAAGACAUCAAGCUAAUUCAACAGGACUCGAGUACUGCUCUAAAUGGGUUGAUUGCGUCCCUGCCUGAUGUGACACCCUCUGCCGAAAGCCGAAUGAUUUCCAUAUUUUCUUGCAUGGACAUCGUCGUUGGAAAAAUUCUUCAGGCAAGUACUGAGACAUGCCCUGAACUUGCUAAAGCAUGGUGCCAGUUUGCUUCCUGGUGUUAUCGUUGGGGUAAGAAAAUGGUCGAGUUCAACACGGAAGCCAACACAGCGCAUAACGUCAAUCUAGAGGAAAUAAAUAAAAUCUUACCAUCCAACCUUUCGGAAGAAGUUCAGAAAUCGAUCCUACUCAUCCUGAACCAACACGAGGUAAUUUCUGAAGAGGAGGAAUUUGGAUUAAACGAGACAAGUUCCACGGACCUCUUGGAGGCAUUGAAAGAAACCGUGCCUGAGUUACACAACUGUCCUCCGGAGAAACUUCAAUCGAUUGUGGAAAUUUGGCGCCAAACUCACAAAACGGUCUACGGGUACUAUGAAGCAGCUGCAUCGGCUUAUUUCCGCUUCCUGGAGCUGUCUUCUUCGAUCGAAAUGGAAAACGAGUACGGGAAUUCUUCGACAGUCACAGCAACGCUCCGUCUGCUCCGCUUGAUUGUUAAGCAUGCUCUUGGGCUUAAGGAAGUUCUGGAACGAGGUUUGGCCAGUACACCUACCAAGCCAUGGAGGGUCAUAACUCCACAACUGUUUUCAAGAUUGAACCAUCACGAACCGUACGUUAGGAAACGUGUUUCGGAACUGCUGUGCCGAGUGGCCAAAGACGCACCUCAAUUGAUCAUCUUCCCAGCGGUUGUGGGUUCUGUCCAAGAGAAGAAAGUCGAUAUAAAUGAGCUGAGCGGUGGGGACUCUGCCGAACCUACACCGAAGGACUCCGGCGAUGAAACGUUAGGACUUGUGUAUUGCUUUAAUGCCCUGUUAGAUAUUUUAUCCAGAGACGCUCCUGAAACCGUCCAACAAGUUAAAGUUCUGGUUCACGAACUGCGGCGCAUUUCGCUCUUGUGGGACGAGUUUUGGGUAAUUUCCAUGCAGCAAAUCUACUCCGAAUACAACAAAAGUUUCAUCAACUUUGAAAACGAGUUAGCUAAGAUAACGGAAAGUGGGCAGCUGGAGAAGAAACGUGCCCUGCUCAUAGAAAAGCACAAGCUGUUGCAUCGUCCUUUGGUAUUCGUUCUGGAGCAGCUGUAUGAGAUGACUUCCCGAUCACCCGAAACCAUACACGAGCGUCAUUUUCAGGAUCGCUUCCUAAAGUACAUCAGCAUGAUGAUUGAGAAAUUCAAAGAACCCUUGGAUUUCAGUAAGCCCAACCAAGGUUGGACGCAAUUCAAAUUCCUGUUUGGGCAAAUGCAGCAAAGGGGUCAAAAGCGAACCGCUUUCUCUUUGCGCCUGUCGGAAAUCAGUCCUGUUCUGGCGAAACUCUCCAAUACUGCCAUUUCCAUGCCUGGAAUAGAAAGCACCCAAAUGCAGCAAAUUCUCAUUCGCUCUGUGGAUAAUCUAGUGCAAAUUUUACCGACAAAAACCAAGCCGAAAAAGCUGAUGUUCUACGGGAACGAUGGGCGCCGUUACAGUUAUCUGUUCAAAGGCCUUGAAGAUCUCCAUCUGGAUGAACGCAUCAUGCAGUUCUUAUCCAUUGCUAACCUCAUGAUGACAAAGUCGAUCGAUUGCAAUGGCAAUAUUACUUACUACCGUGCUGAACAUUAUUCCGUAAUUCCGCUGGGUCCACGGUCCGGCUUGAUCAACUGGGUAGACAACACGGUUCCGAUAUUUUCGCUGUACAAAAAGUGGCAACAACGGGAAGCUCUGCAGAAAAAAGACAAACCGGGUACAGUGACUCGACCUUCGGAGCUGUAUUACCAAAAAUUGACGCCCUUGCUGCAACAACACGGCAUGAAGACCACCGACAAUCGCAAGGAUUGGCCAGUGCAAGCACUGAAGCAAGUCCUGAAAGAGCUGCAAGAAGAAACGCCUCGCGAUCUACUGGCCAGAGAGUUGUGGUGCCAUAGUACAACUGCUGCCACCUGGCGGCAAGUGAUUCGUAACUAUUCGCUCUCGAUGGCAGUGAUGAGUGUGAUCGGGUACAUUAUCGGGCUUGGUGAUCGCCAUUUGGACAAUGUGCUAGUGAAGUUGGCCUCCGGUGAAAUAGUGCAUAUCGAUUACAACGUGUGUUUUGAGAAAGGGAAAACUCUACGAGUGCCGGAGAAGGUGCCCUUCCGGAUGACGCCGAAUCUGGAGGAAGCAUUGGGAAUCACCGGAAUUGAGGGUACAUUCCGGCUUGCGUGCGAACACGUGCUCAAGUCACUGAAGAAAGGGCGCGAAACUCUACUGACGCUUUUGGAAGCAUUCGUCUACGAUCCACUGGUUGACUGGGCAAUCAGCGAAGACGGUGGUACGGCUGGCUUUGCUGUGUCCACUUAUGGCAAUCGCGAAGGUUUCAACAGCGAUCUCCGAGAAGCGAAGAAGCAACUGGAACGUGAGGUGAAUCGUGAUACGCUGGCGAUUCGAUUUUCGGAAAUCAAACCAGGAUGGAACCGCAAUCGGGACGAUAUCUAUCAAAAUUUGCUGCUGAUGGAAAACUUCUUGCAAGAGCUGCAAUCCAAUCGCACCGAUUUGGUAGAUUAUGAGAAGCAACGCGACUCACUAUCUCGUCAGAUUCAACUGAUUAAGGAGGCAGAAUCGUUGAACUCGGCAAUUGGGAGUCACCCUUUGAACACUUUGUCGCAAAGGUACAGCGUUUAUAAAAAGAUAGUUGAAGAGCGCAAUACGGCAAAGAAAGCGAUAGAGAAGAGAGCGUCCGAAAGCGAGAAAACUCUUGAGGGCUAUCGAAGCUUCAUGAAGGACAUCGAAAGUGGCCAAUUACAGGAAUAUCUCAGGAGCAUCAAUGCCAAUCCUGAACAAUACGUCAGUUCCGAGUUCGAGUUGGUGGAGGAGUUCUUGAAUCAAUCGAAUCUGCGCGAUACCUUCCUCACAGCGAAUGCAUGCCGGCAUGAACUUAACGAGAACACGUUCCAUACUACAGUGCUGGUAAAGCGUGCUCUCGAAACAUUGAGCCAAUUCAGCGCUAUCAUUUGUUACUAUCCGAAAGACUAUGAACAAACCCACCUCGACUACAAGUACCUGGAUUGGUGCAGGAAACUCGUCAGUGAAGGUUCUGCUUCGACAUGCCAAGAGAUUACUCAAAACUACCAACAAUUCCUCGCCAAUGCACGCCAACAUUCAUGCGGUCCGCAAGUAUUGUCCUUCUCCUACCAGCUGAAGAACAUCAUCUCGGACACUGCUUUCAAAUUGUCCGAACUGGUCGCCUGCAACGCUCAAGAACUGAAUGAAAGUACCGUUCCGAUUGAUCAGCUGUACGAAAAUGCUCUAUCCACGAUUAAUGCUAUUGCGCUGGGCAACACAAAUGGUCGUCAAUCUCUGCUGUUUGCUGGAUUGCAGCUUUGUAUGGAUUUGAAUCAUAAUUAUUUGCUAAUGGAGCAAACUGCAUCGACUGCUGGUGACUCGUUGAUAGACUUGCAAUUGAAUGACAACUGGUUCUUGCCAGAAUUUUAUAUGUCAAUCACGCAACUGAGUGCUUUGUAUCAAAUUCUGUUCGAAAAAGAUACUCAAAAGGCUUCUAGUGAUUGUUACGCCACGGGUCUAAGCUGUCUCUCUGCCUGCGUUGGAAUCUUCGACCACCUGCACAACAUGAAUGAAUGCAUCGCUCGUGAAUUCCUGUCCGAUACCAUGCAAGGUAUCAUAUCCGAAAACCAAAGUGUUAUCGACAUGAUUUCCGCUGUGUCUAAUCUGCAAACGGACUUCAUCCCUGUGGCUGAACUGCUCAACGAACUGAAUAUGCACCUCCAGUGUGUGGUCAUGAAUGUACCGUCAGCUCAUGCUCACGCGCUGGAUUCCGUUGAAGAGCUGAAACGGAAAUUGGCUGCACUAGGAGACAGCUUCCGCAACCAGGAAGCUCCAACCGAAGGUUCCAAGCUGUAUCUUACGUUGCAUCAGUUCUUCCAUGACCUGCUUGAGAAACAGAACACACUGAUGCAUAUCGUGUACGAGAGAUUCCUGACAAUUCAAGAGGCUGACUACAUCGAUCAUAUCAAGGAUUCGAAAGAUCUGGCGGUUCUAAUUUUCAACAAGUCCACCUACAAUGUCCUGGAAGCCAUAUUUGUUGUGAAACGUGUACAGGCCAUGGUAGAGUUCUUCACAUCCUGUCUUCAAAUGGCUUGUGCAUUCAAAGGAACCUGCAUGGCAACGGCUUUCAAUGACGACACUCUUGUUCGACCUAUCCGGAAGUUUAUAGCUGAUUUCGUCUACCACUGUAUGCUUGGUAUUGGUCCAGCGGCCGCCGGAUUGGUCACCUAUGGUAUACUCCUACGGAUCAACCCACGUAUUAAACAGGACAGUGAAAUGAUACAGCAAAUGACUGGAACUGAUCGUGUCAAAUUGUCGGAUUUGUACAAUGAGAAUAUCGAUCGAACGAUGAGUGCUGAACAAAUAAGUGGAUUGGAUUUGAACCAGGCGACGAAUGCCUGUCUGCACCUUAGUUUUACAUGGCGGAAGAUGAUGAAAGUAAAACUACUAUCUGAACGUAUCAUGACAGAGCAAAUAUCCGUCACAAGAUCGCAAAUGCUCUUCGUCGCCCAUAGCUGGUUGCAUGAAUUGUCCACUGCAGAUAGUUCACCGACUUUGUCACAAAAUGACUUGACCAUCUAUGCUGAUGGAUCGUUGAUUCUGGUUCAACUGAAAAACUUGCUGGAAUCAUUGACAUCAUCGAAAGUGUCAAUCAUGAGAUUGCGAGACGACAUUACAGCCAGCACGAAUGCAAUCCUUCAUCGUCUGAAAUGGGCCUCGGGUGCCAAUCCUGAACUUGUGCAUCUGCUAAAAUCCUUCGAACAGGCUUCAAUUCAGAAACGUGACUUCAUGGACGAACAACUUCUCUACUUGGACAUUGCGUUGAAGCAUUGCAGUUCGAUUUUGAACUAUCAAAUCGUCCGCAUGCAAGUAAAUAGGCAAACUGAACAGGAUCUCGAUUUCAUCCACGUGAUUGAGAGAUACAGAAAAGCCUGCAUAAAACUGAACUCAUGUUCGGCAAUGGUAAAUCAAACGGAAAUUGCCCUCGUGGAAUUGUUAGACCCAGAAGGACAAAUCGACCACAUUUGGCUGAGUAAUGUGAAAGCAUUGAUUGACGAUAUGACGGAUCAGGUGCAGAGUAAGAUUGCCCAAACGGAAAAGAUAGUCCGAAAUGCGCAGGACAAGCUGCACAUGAGUGCGAAUGAGCUGAAAGAACUCAUGGGCACUCACCACUCACUGGCCUCGGACAUUCGCAAUCUGCUGAAAAUGAAGCUGAAGAUGGAAACAACUCCGACGCUGCGGGAAUAUUUGCUCCGAUAUAAGGCAUUUUUGGAAACCGUUUCCGAGCUUUACUCGAACGUGCUGAGCAAGGAUUUCACCGAUGAAAUGGUGUGCCAAGCGAAGGAACAAGUUCGUGACGCGAUGCCCAAUGUGCACAAAAUAUUCGACCAACUGUUCCAGUUCGAGCAAAGUGGAAACGUUGAAGACGAAUCUGGCGUGCCCGGUCGGGAAGAAGAAGCCGACAAAUUGAGCGCCGAAAUUAUGGAAUCACCCGUGAAAAGGCAUCACAUGAAAGCACAACGUACCCAGAAGGAACAAAAGCGGAACGCAUACGCUGUAUCGGUGUGGCGUCGAAUCCGGAUGAAACUGGAAGGUAGAGACCCGGAUCCAAAUCGCCGUUGCACCGCACAGGAGCAAGUUGAAUGGAUGAUACGGGAGGCGAUGGAUCCGGACAACUUGGCUGUCCUCUACGAAGGAUGGACUCCUUGGGUGUGAAUUCUCAUGCAAUGAUAACAGGUAAACUUGGUCGGCUUAAUUCUUCAACAUACAUCAAAACCCAGAUGAGAGACGCGUAGCGAAUGGGUAUUCGCCAUGGCGUGUCCGUUUUGGUUUCAACAAUCUUCAGUCAGUAGACUGCUCACCAUCGACGCGGGAGUCAUCAAUCUGGCAACACAGCAGAAGUGGCACCGCCAUGGUACAAUUUGGAGCUACAAUACCUAUGUCUCCGAAUCCCAUCAUGCGUUUGACCAGUCUGCACGGCAGCCUUACCUGAGCUUUUGUUCGCUGUAGCAAUAAAGUCCCGUAGAUAAUUGAUUUCGGGUGGACCGCAACCCCAAUGCAAUACAGCGAAUGAUCUUAGGUCAUUUUAAAAUCCCUACCAUAAAAUAACACGACUUUUCCCCAUAAAAUUCGAAAUGCAUUUGAAUGUUGUCCUGCGUAAUAUUAUCCCUCAAUACCGAGUCCCAAAAUGCCACGAACAGGCUAAGAAAUACCUUCCAACUCUCUUGUAACAUCAUAGAAGAACCGGAAUACUAGUUGUUAGGUAAAGACAUCGAGAGUUCAAUGGGAAUCGGCUCUCAAAACAAGGUAUGAGGAGAAUACAGAAUAUUACA